GAAGUGGGAUUUUGGAAUAUCGGCGAAUCGCGUUUUUCGUUUCCUUUUUUUCGUUUCGGAUUAUUGAACGGUUUGACUCUUCAGCUCAUUCUUGUGCUGAGACUGCAAUGAUGUCCCGGAAUUUCGUGAUUUUAGUUAGACUUUAGCUGCCUGAGGUGCUCGUUAAAGAGGGGUUAUGGUUUAUUGGAAGGGGAUUUCGAUUUCGCUUUCUGAUUUUGGAAACAGGGAGGUGGAUUUGAUCUGGGUGCUGUAAAUGUAGAUGAGAGCAUGCAGAAGGUUGUGCAUCGAUUUAUUGGAAAGCUUGAGCCUCUUUUUGUUUCUUGAAGAUAGACAGGAGAACACCGAGCAGCCGAUUAUAUGCUACGAGGAGAACAUUCAGGAGGCUGUUCUCUCAGAUGAUUGGCAGUAACUAUAGUAUGCUUGUACGGUGCCAUAAUGGGCAUCUGUCUGAUGAAAUGCUGCUGCUCAUGGCUUCUUUUGAUCUCAUUGCUUUGUGCACUAACGAAUGAUAAUGAAGCGAUUAGUCCUGAUGGUGAGGCGCUUCUUAGCUUUAGAAGUGCAAUUUCUAGUUCUGAUGGUGUCAUCGGUCAGUGGAGACCAGAGGAUCCUGAUCCAUGUAACUGGAAGGGAGUGACCUGUGAUCCGAAAUCAAAAAGAGUUGUAGCCUUGAGUCUUACGCAUCACAAACUAAGGGGACCUUUACCCACUGAGCUUGGAAAGCUGGAUCAGUUGAGGCUUUUAAUUCUUCACAACAAUGAUUUAUAUGACUCAAUACCUACAGCAUUGGGAAAUUGCACGGCGCUGGAGGAAGUAUACUUGCAGAAUAAUUACUUCACUGGGCCAAUCCCAAGUGAAAUGGGAAACCUGUUCGGGCUUAAAAAUCUGGACAUCUCAAGCAACGAUCUCAGUGGAGCUAUCCCUGCCUCACUUGGGCAGUUGAAAAAGCUUACUAAUUUCAAUGUCUCAAAUAAUUUUUUGGUGGGGAAAAUACCUUCUGACGGCCUUCUCGCUCGAUUUCCGAGAGAAUCAUUCCUCGGAAAUCUUAAAUUGUGUGGAAAGCAAAUCGAUGUGGUGUGCCAAGAUGACAGUGGAAACUCUACUGGUUCUGGGUCUUUAACAGGCCAAGGAGGUAAGACUGGUAGGCUGCUUAUAAGUGCAUCGGCUACUGUGGGUGGGCUGCUCUUAGUGGCCCUCAUGUGUUUCUGGGGAUGCUUUCUCUAUAAAAAGCUUGGCAGAGUUGAGAGUAAAAGCCUUGCGAUAGAUGUCAGUGGAGGUGCGUCUAUCGUGAUGUUCCAUGGAGAUUUGCCCUAUGCCUCUAAAGACAUUAUCAAGAAACUGGAAACUCUUAACGAAGAGCAUAUAAUAGGCUGUGGAGGUUUUGGAACAGUUUACAAGUUGGCCAUGGAAGAUGGCAAUGUAUUUGCACUGAAAAGAAUCGUAAAGUUAAACGAAGGGUUUGAUCGGUUUUUUGAAAGGGAGCUUGAGAUUCUUGGAAGCAUCAAACAUCGUUACCUCGUGAAUCUACGUGGAUACUGCAAUUCACCCACAUCAAAGCUUCUUUUAUAUGAUUACCUUCCUGGUGGUAGCCUUGAUGAAGCUCUGCAUCAGAGAGGCGAGCAACUGGAUUGGGAUACGCGAGUAAAUAUCAUAAUAGGAGCAGCAAAAGGGUUAGCAUACUUGCAUCAUGAUUGUUCUCCUAGGAUUAUACACCGUGAUAUAAAGUCGAGCAACAUUUUACUCGAUGGAAAUCUCGAGGCUCGGGUAUCAGAUUUUGGGCUUGCCAAGCUGCUAGAGGACGAGGAAACUCAUAUUACAACCAUUGUUGCAGGCACAUUCGGUUACUUGGCUCCAGAAUAUAUGCAAAGCGGUAGAGCGACUGAGAAAACCGAUGUUUACAGUUUCGGGGUUUUGGUUCUUGAAGUCUUGAGUGGUAAACUUCCCACGGAUGCCUCCUUCAUCGAGAGAGGCUAUAACAUUGUUGGUUGGCUAAACUUCUUAAUCAGCGAAAACCGGGCACGGGAGAUUGUUGAUACAAGCUGUGAAGGAGUAGAGAGAGAGAGUCUUGAUGCUCUUCUAUCAAUAGCAACCAAGUGUGUGUCUUCAAAUCCAGAAGAGAGGCCCACAAUGCACAGAGUCGUCCAGUUGCUUGAAUCCGAAGUUAUGACUCCUUGCCCUAGCGACUUCUACGAUUCCGGCUCCGAUUGAUCACAUUCACACAAGUGUCUUCCCUAUUCGAUUUCGAUUUCUGUUUUACAAAUUACUAGGUUCGAGCCAUUCAUUUUCGGUAUUUCUUUUUUGUAUUUUUUGGCUUUGAAUUGUUUUGUAGAAUGUUUCUGUGAUUGGUGAAACCCUUUCAUUUAAUCUGAAUAUGAAACUAAAAUGUACAUGAUCAUUGUAGAAACAAGAAUCUGAAUAAUUUAUAUAAUUUCCAUGUUGUACUG